AUGAAUUCAAUAACAUUUAAAUGGGAAAAUAGUUCAGAAGUUUAAACGAUACAAAUAUAAGGAAUCAAAAUAUAAGUAAGAGACCUAAGAAUAAAAAUUGAAUAAAUGUUCAACUCUAAAAAAGAUGAUAUCCAAAUGUUAUAUGAAAAUAAGAUUUUGAAUAUUAGUGAUGAAAUUAGAAACAAACAAAUGAUAAUAUUAAUUAGAAUUCCAAAAAGAAGAAAUAUUUGUCUUUCCUGUUUCUCUAAAGAUUUAGAGAUUUUAACUCCUUGUUGUUAAAAAUCUAUAUGCUCUACUUGUGAGAAUAUAUUUUGUCAGAAAUCCAAAUGUUUCUUUAAUAUCAAUUCAUAAUGUCAUUAUAAAUACACUGAAUCAUUUCAAACAUUUGUACCAGAGCCUUCCUGUAAUGAAUUUAUUACAUUCAAUUCUGUCUUCUACCUUAUGAAAUCAAACAAAAAUAAUUUAGCUCAUGCUAAAAGAUUCUCUGUUUGGACAGUCAAAGAAAUUACAUACUUGAAAUUAGCUUAAGAAUGUAAUAUUCCUGCAAAUGUUAUAUUGAUUUUUAUUAAUAAUGAUGAAUUAGUUGGUUGUGCUAAAAUGAUCAAUCAACUUGUCGUAUAUGAUUAAUAAUUCCCAAAACUUAAGACUUUUAAAAUUCAAUGGCUAAGAAAAUAGCCAUCCAUUAAAACUAUAUAUGAUUUUCCAUCUCUUGAAUUAUAUGAGGGAUUUAAAAUUCAACAUGGUAUUGCAAAAGCCAUAUGUCAAUCCUUUCCAAUUGGAUAAAUGUAAAUUGAAGUUAAAUAACAAUAAUCAAGUACAGCUGAUGAAUGGGAUCUUGAUGAAAUAUUGAAAGAUCAAGAAGAAACUAUAAAAAAAGAUGAAUAAAUAUAACCAAUUAUAAUUAAGACUUCUGAUUUUUGUUAACAUAAAUAAGAAGUUAAAGAAAUAAGUAAGUAAGAAGAUAAAGAGACAACUAAAUAAGAAGAUGAUACUAAGAAUACUAAUCUAAAUAUUGUUUAGAUUAUAUAGACAACAUAAGAAUUAUUUAAUAAGAUUAACAAUGGAAAAAUACCAGGGAUUAAAGGUGAUACUAAAUAUACUCAUCCAAUUGUAAAAUAAUUAUGUUAUAAUCUUCUUUCAAAUACACUUUUAAACAAUAAUAAUAAUAAUAAAAAUUAAUUAAAAAAAAGAAAAUAUUCUAGAAGUAGUUCCAGUAGUUCAAGUAGUUCCAAUAGUUCAAGUAGUUCUAGUAAUGAGUCUUUUAUAUCAACAUCAAAAAAAAGAAAAUUGUUUAGUAAUAAAUAAAGUAAAUUAAAAAAAGAAUUAAACUUAAAAAAAGAGAAAAAAUAAGAGAAAUGGAGAAGCAAUAACAAAUAUACAUUUUAUGAAGACAAAUUAAAAAACAAAAAAGAUUUAUAAGCAUCAAAAAAUUAAGAGCAAUAAUCAUAACAUGAUAAAUCUAGAAAUAAAUCAAGAAAAUGA